AUGCGCUUGAUCUCCUUCGCUACUCUAACUGCCGGCGUUGGUGCUUCCGUCACCACUGCUGCUGGCACAACCACUGCUGCUGCCACUACUGCCUCGCCGAGUCAAGGAACUGACGAUCCCAUGGCCAUGGUUACGAGUUGUGCUUCUGCGUGCCCUGCCUUCAGCAAGCACGUGACAAACCUUCUUGCUUUGGAGCCUGUUUCUGAGAGUUACACUGAGGACGCUUUGAACAUGUACGAGAACGAUGACCGUAGAUGCAAGCUUCACUCCAUUUGCCUGGACUGCCAGGCGGGUUCCGAAUGCCCCCUGGCCACCUGCUUCGCCGAGGUCGAAGCCUGCAAGCUCAUCUCGCCUAUGUUCAGCUACAUCGCCGCUUAUUGUAGCUGUAGUGCUGGUGUCGACUUUGGUUCCAAGCCGGGUGAGAUUCUGGGUGACGAAUACAAUCUCAUGCUACAACUGAUGGCCUGCCCGGAUUCCGUGACUACCCUCCCUGCUAAGGAUACCUGCUACGGCCCUGGUGAGGCGGAUAGUACUGACGGCACUGACGGAACUGACGGCACUGAUGGCACCGGCUCUGGAGGGGACGGCAGCAGCGACGCUUACACUAUGUCUGCUACCGCUGCCGCCCUCUUGGCCAUGGUGCACAUUUUUUAG